CUUCCAACAUUCCCCGAAUGCUCCACGAGCGUUCUUGUGACGUCACCAGCAGGCGAAGGCCCCGGGAGCAGAGCCCCGGAGCGGAUAGUGCACCUGCAUUGUAACGCGCUCCUUCAGAGCAUUCUCAUUGUAUAAACAUAACUGAAGAAGCUCUUCACCCGGAGAAGCACGACACCUCCGACUCGUGUUGUACAGUAGUCAGAGAUGCCGCAUACUAAUCGGAAGGUGGAGCCAGAGACCCCCAGCAUGAAUGACGAAAAAACGGAAGAUGAAAUCACCAAGUUUCCAAUGACUGUCAGUGUGAAGAGUGAAGAAAAUGAAGGUCCAAGCGAAGAGAGCGGUGCAGCAAAAUCUUCCAGCGACAGCUCAUUUCAUCACCUGACAAGAAAAGACAUCAAAGUAGAAGAUCUUCACCCUGAGAAGCACGAUCCCCUCCACGUCAAACAGGAGGAGGAGUCGGUGAUUCCAAACAUUAAACAGGAAGCAGAGCCAGAAUCCGCCAGCAUCGAAGAAGAACGGGAAGAGGAAAUACCCAAGUUUCCAAUGGCCUUCAGUGUGAAGAGUGAAAAAGAUGAAGUUCCAAGCGAAGGGAACAGAGCAGCGAAACGUUUCAGCGACAGCUCGUUUCAACACCUAACAACAAAAGACAUCACAGUGCAAGAUCUUCACUCUGUGAAGCACGACCCCCCCGUCAAACAGGAAGAGUUGGAGAUGCCGUAUACAGAACAGGAGGCGGAGCCAAAGAUCCCCAGCAGUAAAAAAGAAGAACAGGAAGAUGAAAUCCCCGAGUUUCAAAUGACCUUCAGUGUGGAGACAGAAGGAGAAGAAAGUCCCAGCGAAGAGAGCGGCGCAGCUAAACCUUCAAGGGACAGCUCAUUUCAACACCUGAUGGGAAAAGGUGAAAGACAAUCGCUCAAAAGACAAUUGAAAAGAGAGACAAAAGAGUACGUUGGUGAGAAACAGUUUGCCUGCUCACAUUGCGAUAAAAGAUUAUGUACAAAGCAAGAUUUAACAAGACACACACGCAUAUGCAGUGGAGAAAAACUUUUCUCGUGCUCCUUUAGUGGUAAAGAAAUCACCGAGAAGGGAAACUUAAAAAUACGCAUGAAAACUCACACAGGAGAGAAACCUUUUGCCUGCUCACUUUGUGGUAAAAAAUUCACCCACAAUUCGAAUUUAAAAGUACAUUCGAGAACACACACAGGGGAGAAGCCUUUUGACUGCUCACAUUGCGAUAAAAGAUUUUCUUCAAAGGCUCACUUAAAUAGACAUGAGCUUACACACACUGUAGCAAAGCCUUUUUCAUGCUCACUUUGUGGGAAAAGAUUCACCCAGAAAGGAACUUUACAAAUACACAUAAGAACACACACUGGCGAGAAACGUUUUGCCUGCACAGUUUGUGGUAAAACAUUUAGUCGAAAACAACACUUAACAUCACACACACGUACACACACUGGAGAAAAGCCUUUUUCAUGCUCACUUUGUGGGAAAAGAUUCACCCAGAAAGGUACUUUACAAAUACACAUAAGAACACACACUGGCGAGGAGCGUUUUGCCUGCUCAGUUUGUGGUAAAAGAUUUUGUCGAAAAGAACACUUAACAUCACACACACGUACACAUACUGGAGAAAAGCCUUUUUCAUGCUCACUUUGUGAGAAAAGAUUCUCCGAGAGAGGAACUUUACAAAAACACAUAAGAACACACACUGGCGAGAAGCCUUUUGCUUGCUCAGUUUGUGGUAAAAGAUUUUGGCGAAAACAACACUUAACAUCACACACACGUACACACACUGGAGAAAAGCCUUUUUCAUGCUCACUUUGUGGGAAAAGAUUCAUCCAGAAAGGAACUUUACAAAUACACAUAAGAACACACACUGGUGAAAAGCCUUUUGCCUGCUCGCUUUGUGGUAAAAGUUUCAUAGAGAAAGGAACUUUACAAAAACACAUAAGAACACACACUGGCGAGAAACAUUUUGCCUGCACAGUUUGUGGUAAAACAUUUUCUCGAAAACAACUCUUAACAUCACACACAUGUACACACACUGGAGAAAAGCCUUUUUCAUGCUCACUUUGUGGGGAAAGAUUCACCCAGAAAGGAACUUUACAAAUACACAUAAGAACACACACUGGCGAGGAGCGUUUUGCCUGCUCAGUUUGUGGUAAAAACUUCACAGAGGAGGGAAAUUUAAAAAUACACAUAAGAACACACACCGGAGAGAAGCCUUUUGCCUGCUCACGUUGCGAUAAAAGAUUUUCCUCCGGGACUCAUUUAAAGAGUCAUGAGCUUACACACACUGUAGCAAAGCCUUUUGCCUGCACAGUUUAUGGUAAAACAUUUUGUCAGAAAGAACACUUAACAUCACACACACGUACACACACUGGAGAAAAGCCUUUUUCAUGCUCACUUUGUGGGAAAAGAUUCACUGAGAAAGGAACUUUACAAAAACACAUAAGAACACACACUGGGGAGAAGCCUUUUGCCUGCUCAGUUUGUGGUAAAAAGUUCAGAGAGAAGGGAAGUUUACAAAUACACAUAAGAAUACACACUGGAGAGAAGCCUUUUGCCUGCUCACUUUGUGGCAAAAGAUUCACAGAGAAAGGAACUUUACAAAAUCAUAUAAGAACACACACUGGGGAGAAGCCUUUUGCCUGCUCAGUUUGUGGUAAAAACUUCACAGAGGAGGGAAAUUUACAAAUACACAUAAGAACACACACUGGAGAGAAGCCUUUUGCCUGCUCACUUUGUGGUAAAAGAUUUUGUCGAAAAGAACACUUAACAUCACACACACGUACACACACUGGAGAGAAGCCUUUUUCAUGCUCACUUUGUGGGAAAAGAUUUACUGAGAAAGGAACUUUACAAAAACACAUAAGAACACACACUGGCGAGAAGCCUUUCGCCUGCUCAGUUUGUGGUAAAAACUUCACAGAGGAGGGAAAUUUAAAAAUACACAUAAGAACACACACCGGAGAGAAGCCUUUUGCCUGCUCAGUUUGUGGUAAAAACUUCACAGAGGAUGGAACUUUACAAAAUCACAUAAGAACACACACUAGCGAGAAGCCUUUUGCCUGCUCACGUUGCGAUAAAAGAUUUUCUUCGGAGACUCAUUUAAAGAGACACGAGCUUACACACACUGGAGCAAAGCUUUUUGCCUGCACAGUUUGUGGUAAAAGAUUUUGUCAAAAAGAACACUUAACAUCACACACACGUACACGCACUGGAGAAAAGCCUUUUUCAUGCUCACUUUGUGGGAAAAGAUUUACAGAGAAAGGAACUUUACAAAAACACAUAAGAACACACACUGGCGAAAAGCAUUUUGCCUGCUCACUUUGUGGUAAAAGUUUCACAGAGAAAGGAACUUUACAAAAACACAUAAGAACACACACUGGAGAGAAGCCUUUUGCCUGCUCACGUUGCGAUAAAAGAUUUUCCUCCGGGACUCAUUUAAAGAGUCAUGAGCUUACACACACUGUAGCAAAGCCUUUUGCCUGCACAGUUUAUGGUAAAACAUUUUGUCAAAAAGAACACUUAACAUCCCACACACGUACACGCACUGGAGAAAAGCCUUUUUCAUGCUCACUUUGUUGGAAAAGAUUCACCAAGAAAGGAACUUUACAAAUACACAUAAGAACACACCCUGGAGAGAAGCCUUUUGCCUGCUCACGUUGCGAUAAAAGAUUUUCUUCGAGGUAUCAUUUAAAGAGACAUGAGCUUACACACACUGGAGCAAAACCUUUUGCCUGCACAGUUUGUGGUAAAACAUUUUGUCGAAAAGAACACUUAACAUCACACACACGUUCACACACUGGAGAAAAGCCUUUUUCAUGCUCACUAUGUGGGAAAAGAUUCACUGAGAAAGGAACUUUACAAAUACACAUAAGAACACACCCUGGAGAGAAGCCUUUUGCCUGCUCACGUUGCGAUAAAAGAUUUUCUUCGAGGUAUCAUUUAAAGAGACAUGAGCUUACACACACCGGAGCAAAGCCUUUUGCCUGCACAGUUUGUGGUAAAACAUUUUGUCGAAAAGAACACUUAACAUCGCACACACGUACACACACCGGAGAGAAGCCUUUUGCCUGCUCAGUUUGUGGUAAAAACUUCACAGAGGAGGGAACUUUACAAAAUCACAUAAGAACACACACUGGAGAGAAGCCUUUUGCCUGCUCACGUUGCGAUAAAAGAUUUUCUUCGAGGUAUCAUUUAAAGAGACAUGAGCUUACACACACUGGAGCAAAACCUUUUGCCUGCACAGUUUGUGGUAAAACAUUUUGUCGAAAAGAACACUUAACAUCACACGCACGAACACACUCUGGAGAGAAGCCUUUUGGCUGCUCACAUUGUGAUAAAAGAUUUUCUUCGGGGACUCAUUUAAAUAGACAUGAGCUUACACACACUGGAGCAGAGCCUUUUGCCUGCACAGUUUGUGGUAAAAGAUUUUGUCGAAAAGAACACUUAACAUCACACGCACGAACUCACUCUGGAGAGAAGCCUUUUGGCUGCUCACAUUGUGAUAAAAGAUUUUCUUCGGGGACUCAUUUAAAUAGACAUGAACUUACACACACUGUAGCAAAGCCUUUUGCCUGCACAGUUUGUGGUAAAACAUUUUGUCAAAAAGAACACUUAACAUCACACACACGUACACACACUGGAGAAAAGCCUUUUUCAUGCUCACUUUGUGGGGAAAGAUUCACUGAGAAAGGAACUUUACAAAAACACAUAAGAACACACGCUGGAGAGAAGCCUUUUGCCUGCUCAGAUUGUGGUAAAAAGUUCACAGAGAAAGGAACUUUAAAAACACACAUAAGAACACACACUGGAGAGAAGCCUUUUGCCUGCUCAGUUUGUGGUAAAAGGUUCACUGAGAAUUCGAAUUUAAAAGUACACACAAGAACACACACUGGGGAGAAGCCUUUUGACUGCUCACGUUGCGAUAAACGAUUUUGUACAAAGCAAGAUUUAACAAAACACACAAGAACACACACUGGAGAAAAGCCUUUUUCAUGCUCACUUUGUGGGAAACGGUUCACUGAGAAAGGAACUUUACAAAUACACAUAAGAACACACACUGGAGAGAAACCCUUUGCCUGUUCACUUUGCGGUAAAAGAUUUUGUACAAAGCAAGAGGUAACAAGACACAGGCAUCCAGGCAAUGGAGAAAAACUUUUCUCUUGCUCAAUUUGUGAUGAAAAAUUCACAGAGAAGGAAAUUUUUAAAAAACACACAAGAACACACACUGGCGAGAACCCUUUUGCCUGCUCAGUUUGUGGUAAAAGAUUCACUGAGAAGGGAAAUUUAAAAACACACACAAGAAUACACACUGGAGAGAAGCCUUUUGCCUGCUCACUUUGUGGUAAAAGAUUCACAUUGAAAGGAACUUUAAAAACACACAUAAGAACACACACUGGAGAGAAGCCUUUUGCCUGCUCAGUUUGUGGUAAAAGAUUCACGGAGAAUUCAAAUUUAAAAGUACACAGGAGAACACACACUGGAGAGAAGCCUUUUGCCUGCUCACAUUGCAAUAAAAGAUUUUGUACGAAGCAAGAAUUAACAAGACACACGUAUACACACACUGGAGAAAAGCCUUUUGCUUGCUCAGUUUGUGGUAAAAGAUUCACCUGGAAGAAGUGCCUAACAAAUCAUACAAAAACCCACACUAUGGAGAAAUCUUAUUCCUGAGCGGUUUGCCGUGAAAGAUUUGGAACCGCACGCAAGAAGCCACAGGGGAAAAAGCCUUUCAAUUCCAGUGUGUGACAAGAUAUUCUGAUUUCUUUCAAGUAUUAACAUUGGGGGGAAAACAUUUCAAUGUCCUAAUUCCAUUUUCCUUGAGCCUCUUUUGAAAAAAUUGUUGCAGUGAUUUUGCAUGUCUUUUUUUCUGUCGACCAAUUCAAUAUUCUUAAAUUUGAUACUUUAUAUUAGACUGAAUUGGGCGACUUUUUUUCUGUUGCUGUUAUUCCAGAUCUUUCUGAAUGCUUUUCGCUAUUUUUUAUUUUCAAAUGUGUGCUUUUAAAAUAGUUUGAUGCUGCCCUUUCCUAUGUUGUUGCUCAAUUUCCAACAUUGUUUCAAUAGUUUCAGGGAAGAUGUUUUUUGCAUUGUAAUAUUUUCUAAUCUGAUUCAUGAUACAAUUUCUAUACCUUUUUUUUAUUACU